CUCCAGACUCCUGCAAGAGGGGAUGUGAGUUGUGGAGCUCUCAGCUCUUCAGCUCCUGUUUCCACCAGCCUCCUCCCUGAGGGGAUCAGCAGGCUAUGACAGAGGCCAAAAUAGAAAGAUAAAGAACCAGGGUUACCAGAUCUUGGAGGCAUCUGAGGUUUAAUGGGGACUUUCCAGCAUUCCAGACCAUUGCUGUGCGAUGAGGCUCUGAGUCACACUCUUUGGGUCUGAGGUACUGGCAACAAUGUAGAACCCCAGGACGGCCAACCUGACUAACCUUCACUCUAAGCAGAGACCCAAAAUGAGCCUGGCCUAAAAUCAGAGCAAGCACUAAAGAAAGACUGUUUUGUUCAUGGAAACAGGAAAGGAGAAAAGGGUUUCCAACAAAUUGCAACAGACUUUCCACCAUUCUAAAGAACCCACCUUCCUUAUCAACCAAGCCAUUCUAUCUAGUGAUUCCCAUUCUAGCCUUUUGCCAGGAACAGAGCUAAUCAGUCCUGGUGAAAAAAUAAGGACGAACCCUCAGAGAACUCGACCCGGAACGGUGAUACUCUCCAAGCGGUCCAGUAGGAGAAUUAUGUCGGCAAGCCAGCCCCGGCGCCCUGUGAUCCCGUCACGGAGGCCUGGAUUCCCCGUGUGCUAUAUCUGUGGCCGGGAAUUUGGGUCCCUGUCACUUGUCAUUCACGAGCCCCAGUGCCUGGAGAAGUGGCGCAUUGAGAACAGCAAGUUGCCCAAGCACCUGAGGAGGCCAGAGCCCCGCAAAGCACAGCCUCUCGGUGGCAGUGGAGCCCACAACCUUCAGGCAGCAAAUGAGGCGGCGCUCCAGAGCUCCCAGGCUCAGCUGCUGCCCUGUGAGUUCUGUGGCCGCACAUUCCUGCCAGACCGUCUUCUUGUUCACCAGAGAAGCUGCAAGCUGAAGGGUGAGAGGCUCAGAGUUCCAACCCCCAGUGGCUCUGAUGCUCUUACUGGGCUCCAGAGAGCUUCUGGUGGCAUCCCAGCCCGACCAAGGAUGCUCCUCUGCUACAUCUGUGGUAGGGAAUUUGGCUCCCUGUCCCUUCCUAUUCAUGAGCCCAGAUGCCUGGAAAAGUGGAAGAUAGAAAACGACCAGCUUCCCAGGGAGCUGCGCCAGCCACUCCCACAGAAGCCUCAGGGCCUUCCAAGCGGCCAGUCCAGCCAGGAGGGUCCAGGCCAAGCUCAGCUCGUGCCCUGCCCAAAUUGCAGCCGGACCUUUGCCCCCAACCGCCUUCUGGUGCACCAGAGAUGUUGUAAAGCUCAACCUAGUGGGCCAAAAGUUUGGAAUUUGACCUUGAGGAGUAAAGGUGGCCUAAAAGAGACCACUCAUUCCAAGCAGCAGCAGAACAUGGCGACACCCACUAUGACUGGCAAGCCAACGAUGAUCAGGCGUCCACCAACAAUUGUUUGCUACAUUUGUGGUCGUGAAUAUGGAACAAAAUCUAUUGCCAUCCAUGAGCCACAAUGUCUGAAAAAAUGGCAUAAUGAGAACAAGUUGUUGCCUAAAGAGUUGAGGAGACCAGAACCUAAGAAACCAGAAGUCAGGACCAUUACUGCCAAAGGUUUCUAUGAUCUCGAUGCCUUAAAUGAAGCUGCCUGGACCAGUGCCCAGAGCCAGUUGGUUCCCUGUGAUAUCUGUGGGCGUACCUUCCUGCCAGACAGACUGAUGGUUCACCAACGGUCCUGUAAACCCAAAGUCACCAAUAUGGCAGACAACAGAACAAAACUGCUUUCUCUGGUAAGAGUUAGCAUGUCUGGGAAUUCUUGACGUGGUUGAAAAGAGGAGCUCUUGGAGAAGUGGUUACUUUCCCAGGGGACUGUGAGCCCCGCUGAGGUACAUCAGGCUGCCCACUGUGGGGGCUCCCUUCCAGCCCCACCCCAGCCGGCCGGCAGACAUCCCGGGGAAUUAAACCCCAAGCAAGCUCCGUUGCCAUGUCAUCAAUCCAACAGUUCCUGUCUAUCAUCAACAGUUCCUGUCAUCAGAUUGCGCCAUUCACAGGUAAGAACUGGACUCCCUCCGUCUGCCAGCUGCCUUCCCCCUCAUUAGCUCACUUCUGUGCAAAUCUUUACACUUGCAAAAGAAAAGGAUUUCUCAAACAAUGGUUGGUACCUCCAUGAGCUAUGAAUUUGAGCCUGCAAAUGGUUCCCAUAGAUACUUCCCUAGAUGACGAAGGUACUUGGGGCUCUUACACUUGUCCAGGCAGUUACUGGUCUGGGAGGCAACAAUGUCAUUCCCUCACUGCUCUGCUAACUGGUGCUGUACACACUUUAAUUAAAUUCCCCUCCAGUUGAGACUGUUGGAGGAAUUCCAGGAUUUCUAGGUGCUCACUGCACAUUGAAUCACUUCUAAGCGGCGGGCCUGUCCUGUCAGAGGGAACCCUGGGGACUGGACAAGCAUGUCCAAGGAGGUGUGGGGAGGGAAAAUCCCCUCUGGGAGUAAGCAUGGAAAUCUGUUAGAGCUCCUUUAGAGGGGCUUUUCAGGUAGCCUUAGCAUCAUGUUUUCUGACAGACAUGUAUUUCCAAGUAGGGUCUCAAGGAUGACUCAGUGUGGCUUGGAAAAAGAAGCUGCUGUUGACAGACAGACCAAUCUGUGAGCAGGGAGGAGAUGGAAGGUAGAUAUCCAAAGAACCCUGCCCUAGGGAAACUGGAAAACAGCCCUCAGUUUGUGUGUGCUUGCCUGCUUCUGGCGUACUUUACACGCCUUUCUAAACCAACUUGUGUGGCUGGAAGCCCAUAUCAGGUCCAGGCAGGAAGUUCAGCCCUUUCCUUCCCCAAUCCUCAAGGACCUUUUCUCUCCUCUGGAAAUGGUUCACCUUCUUUUAUCAUUUAUGACUUUCCUAGUGACUCACGGUCUGGCCCACAUGCACCUCUGUGCCCGCUGCUGCCGCCCGGCCCAUGCUCUGUGAGCACUGUGAUCAGAGAAGAAAAAUGAAGUUUUCCUGCACUUGGAAGAAACAACACAAACAAGAAGCAGUUAUUUGGCCUUCUGGAGGGGCUGAAUUGGGUGAUGUAGAAAGAAUGUACACCGGGAAAACACUGCUAAGUUAUCAUAGAAUGGUGUGCCUUUAUGUUUAAUUCUUUUUAAAUUUUGUUAUAAAAAUAUUCAAAUAGAUACAGUCCUAGGGAAAAGUAUAAUAAAGUCUCAUGUUGUCUCCUCCCAGAUGAACUUUGUUCUUGACAUCCCACUGAGGUUGAAUCUGAAUGGCUUAAAUUUCAAAAGUACUCUUUUGGGUAUAAGAGGAAGAUGGGCAUGGCAGACAGAGGUGCUGGGAGCACAGGAUUCUGGGGUGUCUCUGACAGUGCCUUUCCAUCCUGUGUGUGGAAACGUGGUUAAACUAGCAUGGAUAUCAGUCAACUGCAGGUGUGAGAAAAGGUGAAACAAUGAUGGGGCAACACUGAUUCACACUGAUCACCCUACAGGCCAAGGUUCUCAGGUAUUUUAGUGGAGAGUAUGUCAGGCAAAAUAAUGGCCUCCAAAGAUGUUGAUAUCCUUGUCCCUCAAACUUCUGAGUAGGUUACCUUAUAUGGUAGGAGAUUUCACAGGUGUGAUUAAGGUGAUAGACCUUGAGUUAGGGAGAUUAUCUCAGGUUUCUGGGUGAGCCCAACUGAAUGCCAUGAGUCCUAAAAAGUGGAAGAAGAAAGAACAAGGGUGGGUGGGAGAAAUGGCAGCACAAGAAUGAUUCUUCACCCCAUUGCUGGUUCUGAGAUGGAGGGAACUAUGUGCAAGGACCAGAGAGAACCCUCCAGCAGCUAAGGGUCGCCCUAGAUGAGAGCCAGCAGGGAAACUGGAACCACAGUCCUAUAACCACAAGGAACUGCAUUCUGCCAACAGCUUGAAUGAGCAAGGAAAUAGAUUCUCCCAUGGAGCCUCUAGAAAGGAAUGCAGCCUUACCAACAACUUGUUUAUUUUUUUCUGAUGAAUUCAUGGUUCAAAUUCUAACCUACAGAACUGUAAGAAAAGUGAGUGUUGUUUAAGCCACAUAGUUCGUAGUAAUUUGUUUUGGCAGCAACAGGCAGCUAAUAGAAGAAGCAUCUAUAUGGCAUAGGGUGGAACCAGUAAAACUUGCCGUUGA